CAUUAGCGUCGUCUGGUGUUCUCCUCGGUGUUGAUCUGUCCUGCACGUCCUCUCCGACGACAAUCAUCCCCUGUCCCGUCCGUCUACCCACCAUCCAUAGACAAUACAACACAACACAACACAUCCACCCUCUCCCACCCAGAGAUAAGGACACAGAUCCUACUAUGACCGACACUGGCCUCUCACAUGCAAAUGGCGCUGCCCCUGCAAAGACCAUGACUCCCACGUCCCAACCAGCACCAGCGUCAGCACCAGCCCCGAUAGACUCAUUAUCACCCUUCAACAACAGCAGCAACACCCCCACCACCUCAACCUCGGCCUCCGCCUCGACCUCCACAUCCUCGACAUCAGCGUCAGCAUCCGCGUCCCCGUCCACACCGAACCUCUCCACCGUCAUCGCCCAAUGCCACCACCGCGUGCACUCCUUCCUCGAAGAAUCGCAUCCCGAGAACUCCCUGCUGGCCGCCGUGCAACGCCAAACCCGCGCCUCCCUGUCCGUCGUCGCCUCCGCCCUGACCCGCUACAACUGCCUCUCCGAACUCUCCCUCUCCUACAACGGCGGCAAGGACUGUCUCGUGCUCCUGAUUCUCUUCCUCGCGGGCCUCCACCCCCACCCUUCCCCGGAGGAUGGCGGCCUCGUCUCCAUCCCCUCGAUCUACGCCCUCCCGCCGGACCCGUUCCCCGCCGUCGAGGACUUCGUGCGCUGGUCGUCCCGCGCCUAUCACCUCGACAUUGUGAAGUAUACGACGCACCCGCCGCAUGCGACGCUGCGGUCGAGUUUUCAGGAUUACCUCGACCGGAACCCGAGUAUCAAGGCGAUCUUUGUGGGCACGCGCCGUACGGAUCCGCAUGGCGCGAAGCUGACGCAUUUCGAUCGCACGGAUAGUGGAUGGCCGGAUUUCGUCCGCGUGCAUCCCGUCAUUGAUUGGCAUUAUGCGGAGAUCUGGGCCUUCAUUCGCCACUUGGAUCUGAAGUACUGUCCACUGUAUGAUCAGGGUUACACGAGUCUGGGUGGGACGGGCGAUACCCACCCGAAUCCUAUGCUUCGCGUUGAAUUGCCUUCGGAAGAUGACCCGCAGGGUGAUCAGUACCGACCGGCGUACGAACUGACGGAGGACCUGGAGGAACGGCUCGGACGCCAAUAGCCUCUGCGCAACCUUGGCGCAGCGCAGGUCAUUUGAUUAUAGAAUUGUGUGUAGGCUCGAACUCUGCUGGAAUGGAUUUAGAUUCACGAGUUUUAACAUCUGUGACAUUCUCGCUACGAUGUUGUUAUUAGAAACCCAUACAGUCUGCCUCUUGUGGAGGGUGAACAUGAACGCGAUAUGAACAUGCACUUUAGACAGAUACAGAAAAUUGCC